UCAAAGUUCCGGUGGUCGGAAAAGGGCAAAAGUUCCGUUUCACAUACGAAUUCUGCCGCCGCCGUCAACGUCAGGAAACAAGACAGAACACCUCUCUCUCUCUCUCUCUCAUCAUCUCCUCCACAAGCCAACAAACUAAACCCUUUGUAGAAUUCUCCUCAAACCCUCUCACUCACUCACUCUCUCUCUAUGUGGCAUGGCUUCGGUGGCUGAUACGUGGACUCCGAGCUGCCUCCAGCUCCGAUUCGCCCUCGGGGGCGCCAAUUUCCGGAGGCUCUCGCCGGCGGUUCUCGUGAGGACUCGGCUGAGGAAGCUCGACCGUCGAAUUCGAGUUUUCUGCGUAGCUCAGAACGAAAACGGAGCUCAGAGGAGCCGCAACUCCGGCUCGUGGGCGGGGCCGGACAAUGGAGCUGAUUCACUGUCCGGGUGGUCUGGGUCGGGUAAUGGGCAGGAUUCCGAGCCUGGACCUGAGGAGUUGCAGAAGAAGAAAUCUUUUGGAGUGGCUGUUGGAGCUGGAGUUGUCUUUGCUGCUGGGCUCACGUUUGCAGCUUUGGCUGUUGGCAAGAGAAGCACCCUGAGGCCUAAGCAAGAGAUGGAGCCCCUGACGACACAACAAGAACUAUUCUUGGUUCCUGAAGAUCAGAAUGUUCACGUUCAAAAGCAUGAAGAGGAGGACAAGCAUAUAAAACUUGAAAAUAUUGACCCAGAAAAUGAGACAGGUAUAGACACAGAUUCUCCAUCUCUCUCUGAGAAAAAUAGAUCUGGAGAUGAUUCCGUGCUCUUUCAAAUCCCAAAUGAUGGUCAUGUCUACACUGGUACUGAUGCCUCCCAAAGUCCUCAGCAAGAAAAGUUGCAGGAUGAAGCAAAUAUUGUUGCUGAUGUUUUAGUUGCCCCCAGUACACGUUUAAGCUCCGAAUUAUUGCCAGACUCAGAGAAAGUUGAUGCUUUGGCUGCUUCUGGAAAUACAGCUUCAUAUAACAGCCUUGAUAGUGGGGUUGUUGAUUCAAAUCACACACCAAAAGAUAAGCUGGGUAAUGACUAUACAGCUGAUGAGAGUCUCAAAAAUGACGUGGCUGACCACAAGGAGGAUGGACCGUUAAAGGAUGCCAAUUUAAAUUCAUCAUAUCAGUCUGGCAAUAUUGAUCACUUUGAAAGUGAUUAUGAGGAGAAAACUAUAGAAACUCAGCUUUUGUCAGAAAGUGACACGUCAAAUAUGGCUACACCUGAAGAGAUCUAUGAACAGGGUAGAACGCCUGAAGUUUUUGUCCAAGGAACUAGUUCAACCAUGGAAGUGCAUAAUUCAGGUGAAACUCAUUCAUUUGGAACUGUAUCCAUGUCAGCUCCAGCUAAUACGUUGGCUAAAGAGCAAAUAAAGAACGGCCAACAUGAGACAAAUGAAAGUAAAUCUGUCUCAGAAUCUCCAAGUUCUUUGAAUAUAUUCUCCUCUGCUGGUAUACCUGCUCCAUCUGUCAUUUCUGAGGCUCUACGAGUAACGCCUGGAAAGGUUUUGGUUCCUCCUGCUGUUGAUCAAGUUCAGGGGCAAGCUCUUGCUGCAUUGCAGGCCAUGAAGGUCAUUGAAAAUGAUGUCCAGGCAGGGGAUCUUUGUACUCGUCGUGAGUAUGCCCGAUGGUUGGUUUCAGCAAGCAGUGCUCUUUCAAGGAACACAAUUUCAAAGGUUUAUCCUGCGAUGUAUAUUGAGAAUGUGACUGAGCUUGCAUUUGACGAUAUUACCCCCGAAGACCCUGACUUUGUUUUCAUCCAAGGUUUAGCAGAAGCCGGGCUUAUCUCAAGUAAGCUCUCAAGGAGAGAUAUACUUUCGUCUGCAGCUGAUGAAGAUGAGAGUCCUUACUAUUUCUUUCCUGAAAGCCCAUUAUCGCGUCAAGAUCUCGUCAGUUGGAAGAUGGCCCUGGAGAAGAAGGAGCUACCGGAAGCUGAUAGAAAGGUUCUCCACCAACUAUCUGGAUUUAUCGAUGUGGAAAAAAUUCACCCCGAUGCAUGUCCUGCACUUGUAGCUGAUAUGUCUUCCGGAGAGCAGGGAAUAAUUGCUCUUGCAUUUGGUUACACGAAAUUGUUCCAGCCAGAAAAACCAGUUACGAAAGCCCAAGCUGCUGUUGCUCUUGCAACUGGUGAGGCUGCUGAUGUAGUGAGUGAGGAGCUUGCUCGUAUUGAGGCAGAGUCAAUGGCUGAGAAUGCUGUUGCUGCUCAUACUGCUUUAGUGGCUCAAGUCGAGAAUGACAUAAAUGCAAACUUCGCGAAAGUGCUUUCAAUCGAAAGGGAGAAGAUUGAUGCAGUAGAAAAGAUGGCUGAAGAAGCGAGGAAUGAACUGGAGAAUUUGAGGGCCAAGAGAGAGGAGGAUGAGAUUGCCCUGAUGAAAGAGCGAGCUGCUGUUGAAUCAGAAAUGGAAGUUCUCUCUAGGUUAAGAAGGGAAGUGGAAGAGCAACUAGAAACUCUUAUGAGCAAUAAGGUGGAGAUAUCCUAUGAGAAGGAAAAGGUUGAGAAACUUAGGAUGGAUGCAGAAAAGGAAAGCCAAGAAAUUGCUCGCCUACAAUAUGAGCUGGAAGUUGAGCGUAAAGCUUUGUCGAUGGCUCGGGCUUGGGCUGAAGAUGAGGCAAAGAGAGCAAGAGAACAUGCGAAAGCCCUUGAGGAAGCUAGAGAUCGGUGGGAGAGACAAGGUAUCAAAGUUGUCGUGGAAACAGACCUCCAAGAAGAAGCUUCUGGUGGAGAUACAUGGGUGAAUGCGGCGAAGGAGUACUCUCUGCAAGGCACUGUGAGCAGAGCUGAGACUCUGGUGGAGAAGCUCAAGGGCAUGGCAGCGACUGUCGUGGGAAAGUCAAGGGAAGUUAUCGACAAGAUUGUGAACAUAAUCUAUGUGUUGAUUUCUAAAUUGAAAGAACGGUCUCGUAAUGCCUUAACUAGGGCCGAGGAACUUAAAGAUGUUGCUGCUGUGAAGACGAGCACAUCAGUGGAAGAGUUGAAGCAUCGAGUGGGGGACAUAAACCAGAACCUCAGGGAGGGUGCGAAAAGGCUCGUGGGAGACUGUAGAGGAGGAGUCGAGAAACUCACCCAGAAAUUCAAAACAUGAACCCCUGCCCUUCUCUUUCUUUCAGCAUCUUUUCUCUCGUGGUGAUCAACUGGCUAUAAGGUACGAUUAAGUUCCCCUUUUGCUCCUUAUUGUAACAGAUGCUUGUCUAGCAUCCUGGAAAUAGAUGUAAGACAAGUUUUGGAGGAAAAUGCAUAGGUCAUCAAUCAUCAGGCUCCGCUUACAAGCUUGGCGGCUCACAAUUCCGCGUUCUGUUGUCUGUGGGUAGUAUACGACCGAAUAAAAUUCUCAUGUGAGGUACAUUUUAUGUACAAUGAAUAAGGAGGGAUGGGAUUUCGGAGGAUUCUGCCAAUUGUUUGGGGCAGUUUGUGCAAGACCUUCGAGUUAUUGGUUGGAUCCCCGUGAAGCCCCGAACAGUUGUUACGACGAACUCAAUUGAUGGAAAGAAUAUUCUUCUUGUGCAUCA